GGACCCACUUCCUCGGCAGGGAGAGGCUGCUCCUGCUCUUCCGUGAGCUGAGCAGAACGGCCGGUUCCAUCAGGGAGUUAGCCGGGGGGAAGGGGCUGGGAAACGGAGCUGCGGUGGAGAAUAGGAGGCGGAUCCAGGACGGGCCCGAGCCGGGACCUCCGAGGAGGACUGAGCCCGCGGGGCUCACAGCGCUGGGCUAUGCGAGGUGGCUGAAUCGGGGGCCUCGGGAGGCAGAUCGCAAAGAACCAGCGUGGAACCGUGUUUGGAGUGUGAGGUCCAGCAUCACCUUUUGCCUUGUGAACAUCCCCAAUGCGACCAUGGGAACCGGCAGUGAAUAGGCGGCCUCCUGUCCCAUUUGACCAGCAACGAUUCCUAGGGGAGAGCUGUAGCGAUCCAGCAUACCUCAGGAGAAGCCCUCCUUUCCGGCACCACUGGGGCCGACGUGAGCGACCUCUACAAACUCUCCUAGCCCAGGAUGAGAACUACUUGCACCCGGCUUUUUUCCAGCAGCAGCAGCCACAGCCACAAGUCUCUGUAGAUGAGCACCCAGCGUAUGUUCUGGCCACCACGCCACCACGAAUGCUUCACCCAGCGGCACACGCAUCCCACCAGCAUCCAUUCAUGGUGGAUCUCCAUGAGCAGGUGCAUCAGGGAGCUGUCCCUCUCUCCUACACGGUGACCACAGUAACAACACAAGGCUUCCCCAUUCACACUGGCCAGCACAUCCCUGGUUGCAGUGCGCAGCAGCUCCCAGCAUGCUCAGUGAUGUUCAGCGGACAGCACUAUCCACUCUGCUGCCUCCCACCCCCUCUGAUCCAGGCCUGUGCCAUGCAGCAACUCCAUGUAUCUUAUCAAACAUUCCCACCACUCAUUUCCAGUGAUCAUUAUAUCCUGCACCCUCCACCACCUGUGCCACCACACCAGCCUCCACAUAUGGCAGCCCUUGGCCAGUUUGUCCCACUCCAGCCACAGCAUCCUCGCAUGCCACUUCAGAGGAUAGAAAACGAGGUGGAGCUUCGGGGUGAACAGCACUCAAUGGGAGGCUUCUCAUAUUCUCCUUCCCAUCAUACUCCUGCCCUGUCUCCCUCUGUACCAUUGUAUCUUCCACACACACACGACCCACUUCACCAAGAAUUGCCAUUUGGCGUGCCAUAUCCACAUAUGAUGCCCCGGCGGCUGAAUUCCCAGCGAUACAGAUUGCAGCAACCACUGCCUCCCCCGCCACCUCCUCCACCUCCAUAUUACCCAAGCUUCCUGCCAUACUUCCUUUCAAUGCUUCCUGUAUCGCCAACAGCUGUGGGGCCCACAAUAAGUUUGGACUUGGAUGUGGAUGAUGUAGAGAUGGAAAACUAUGAGGCAUUACUGAAUUUAGCUGAAAGAUUAGGGGAGGCCAAGCCACGGGGACUCACCAAAGCAGAUAUUGAGCACCUUCCAUCCUACCGCUUCAACCCAGAGAGCCAUCAGUCCGAGCAAACCUUGUGUGUGGUCUGCUUCAGUGACUUUGAAGUCAGGCAGCUGUUGCGAGUUCUGCCCUGCAACCACGAGUUCCAUGCUAAGUGCAUUGACAAAUGGUUAAAGGCAAACCGCACAUGCCCCAUCUGCCGAGCAGAUGCUUCAGAAGUGCACCGGGAGGCUGAAUGAGGUUCGUCAAUGCACUGCUGCACAAAUUUACUCCAGGAUAUGGACCUUGGACCAGAGGCAUGGGCCAGCCUGUACGCUUAGCCUCUGGGGCCUCUCCUGGGAUGCGGUGAGAAUAUAAGCAAUGUAUGACACCCCCUCCCCCUCACCCCAUGGCAUGGACUGGGCCUGGUGGUUGAGCCAGCUCUGCGGUGUCAUGCUUUGUAGGGGGAGGCAUCCCCACGUGCUCUGCACUCCAAAGACUCUCCAUCCUUGCACCAUUAUUUUCCAGGUGUUUGCAUUCCUUCUUGGUUUGGGGUUUUCCUUUCCUAUUUGGUUUUGUGGCUGUCUGACCCAGAUUUUUAUCCAAAUUCAUUCCUUUCUGGCAGAGCCAGAUUUGGGGGCCUUGAAAGCAGAACAGUUCCAAGGGAGAGGGGAAGAAGUGCCUGCUUCAACCCUACCACCUGCUUGCCUAGAGUACAGUGUUGCAAGGUAGUCAGUAGCGGGGAGUACGUUGGUUGCAACACUGAUGUAAGCCACUUGAGGCCUUGCCAAAAACAUCUGUGGCUGUCUCCAUGCAAAUCAUGGCCCAGGACCACCUUGUGUUUUUCCCUACACAUGCACAGAAUAGUCCCACCAGCGUCUCAGACUCUCCCUCCCCUUGCAUGCAUGCAAUGUUGGGUGGAGUUCAGGGUUGUUCUCACAAGUUGCACAGUGAGGUAAAGAAAAAUGGGCCUAAACUAAGUCCAGCAAUAUUCUGCUGCAAGGCAGUUUUGGGGGAAAGACCCAUUUCCCCCCAGAAAGCUUGGAAGAGAGGAGGAGUAUGCAAGUGAAAAUCCCUACAAUAAAACAGCCGGCUCUGUUUAUUGCAUACUUAAUGAGAUGGAGGCUUGUGGCUUGUGUUUUGAGAUAUAGAAUCAUGUAAUAAUUGAUGUGUCUUCCUUUUAUUUUCCCUUUGCACACUCAGACCCCAGAUCAUUGUCCUAGUAAUGCAUUUGGGUUCCUAUUCCUUCUCGGUACCCAUUUCCAGAAACCAUCUCUCCUCCAUCCAGUUUUCGAGUAUCCCCGGGAGACUGCGUGCAUAUGCUCUCCCCUGGUGUAGGGGAGGGAGAGAUGUUCAGCAGACUGAGGCAGAAGCCUUCAACCGCCCCUUUGUCAGUUCUCUGUCCUAACUCCAGGUUAAGCCCUGAGAGUUGUUGGGCAGCUGCGGAGCGCUCAGUGGUAGGAUCCUGGGCGGAGAGCAGGCAGGAAUAUUUAUCUUAUUAUUUACCCUUGCACUAGCCAUCAUGGAGAAAGCCUUUCUGGUGAUCAUUCCUUCCUCCAUGAGGCUGUAUGCAGUGCUGAGUCAGCUUUCGUAGGACCAGGCAUGCCUUGUCAUCCUACCUUUUUCUCUCUCUCUUUCAAUUUCUUCCCCUCGGCAGUCCCGUCCCCCCCCCAUUUCCCCUCACAUUUGGCCUACUGAUGCUCGUUCUUGAUGAGUUUUUCUGUAUGGCCUGAUGCUUGUGCGCUCGGUCAGGAACCAUGGGCGAUUUGGCCGUGACACUCAAGCUGUGUGCCUUCCUGUGUCUGCACACACACACACUCUCCUACCUAAAAUACCUGCUGAUUUGAAGCAAGAAAGCAACCAACCUGCCACCCUGUUACAGAAACCUGUUAUCGUAAAAAUAAUAAUUUUAAAAGUUGUUUUGCAUGAUUAUACCAUGGAAUAAGAGAGAAGCCCUCGCCAUUUAGUUGGUUUGUGUCUGAAGCCUGGAAGAAUCAGAGAAGAUGAUAAAAAUCUAAUGUAAAUGUUCACAAAUUAUGCAUGCAUGUUAUGACCAGCUUGGAACUUGGUAUUGGCUAUCUCUCUAGCCAGCUGUGGGGUGAUGGGGUGGGUGGGAAUGAGGGGGUUCUUUGUGCUCAGCUGAUUACUGCCAUGCACUGUACUGCACAUGUCCGCAACGCCUCACAAGGACCGUUAACGCUUUUCAGGGCAUUUCUCUCUCCCCUCCCUCCCCUCCAAAUUAGAGAUUGGUUUGAAACCAGGUUGGGUUAGGAGGCAGCAUGGUUUUAGUAGAGAGCCAGUUUGGUGCAGUGGUUAAGGCAUCAGGCUAGAAACUGGGAGACCAUGAGUUCUAGUCCUGCCU